GGAGAAAUGCGUCCGGGAGCUGAUGACGGCGGCGGCGCCAUACCCUGACCUGAGCGCGAUGCUUGUGGACCGCCUCAUGUCUGAAGGGUUGCUGAAGCACGACAGAGGGGAUCAAUUGCUUCAACACUGCUUUGCCACGACAAGCCACCAGGAUACCGUGAUUGUGCUGCAGUGCGCUCUGGACAAGUUCGACGACAUGAUCGGGACGGCGUCCGGGGCCAAGUGCCUCGUGGAGUGCUACGCCAGGGCGACCGGCCACCAGCUCCAAGCCUUCAACGACAUCCUGCUUGCCCGCGCCCUCGAAAUCGCCACCGGCAAAUUCAGCAACUACUUCAUGCAACAUAUCCUGGAGCACGGCGACGCCGAGACGAGCCGGCUCCUCGUGGAGCGGCUCAUGGCGGACGUGGUGCAGCUGUCCCUCCACUCCAUUGGCAGCUACGUGGUGGAGGCCUGCUACCAGAAGACGGGGCUGCUCCCCCUCGUGCUCGCCGCCUUCCUGCGCCUCGACGACGACUGCCUCGCCCAGCUCGUUCAGGGGGCCUACGCCAACUACGUCGUCCACAAGCUGCUCAACACCGCCAUACACGUAUUCCCUAGGGAGACGAUGGCGCUGGUGCGGCGGAUCCACGGCCUGCCGCAGGACGUCACGCGCCAGCCGCACGCCAGGAAGGUGAUGACGGUCGUCCUGAAGAUCCUCGCUCGUGCCGGCCGGAUGUAUGCCUGAUAUAUCCGCGCGUGCCGGCCGGGCUGCCGGCACCUGAUCAUCUCUUGGUAGGAUUUUGUAGGAGAGCUUGUUUGUGUCUUGUGCCGUCUGUGUUCCUCUAUUGU